CUGCAUCUUCCUCGUGCAACUCCCAGGAUCUGAUUCCCAAAUCCCAGGCUGCUGGAGCCCUUUGCCCUGCCGCAUCUUAGUUUAGCUCCAUGUCCGUCCGCGGCUCGCCGUCGACCUUGAAGCACUCCCGCGCCCGCAUCGUGAACCACCACACUGGCAUGACGGCCCCGAGACCCGCCAGAUACUUGCAGUCAUGACCUCGGGCAGGUCCCUGGGCGGAGGACGAGUGCUUGGGAGCGGAAGAAACCUGUCGCCAGCCGUCUCCCCGCAGCCACGUCCACACCACAAUCGGAAUACCAGCCUACUUUCACCCUCCGAGAGCUCCGUGUCGUUAAGCUCGCAGACCUCGAAUAGCCCUGCUACCACUACAGACACACAGGAUAUCACCUCAAAGGUCGCCUUGGAGAAUGCGGAACCCUCGACGGCGGCGUCCGCGAGCUCGCGGCUUGUAUGCCCAAUAUGCAACGAAGAGAUGAUGACACUACUGCAGCUGAAUAGGCACAUAGACGAUGUACACCAAAACCUAGAGGAGAUCGAACAGGAUGAGGUCAAGACAUGGUUCAAGACUCAGAUGGUCAAGGCAAAGAAGUUCCAGCCUCUCGCCGUGCUCAACCAGAAGCUGAAAGGCCUCGACGUGUUCGAAUCAAACGAUGAGCCUACGCCACUUCCCAACCCCACCAGCGGCGUUACGACCCCCGAGCCGCUCCCACCGAGACGAGACCCCGACGAAGAAGUUACCAGAGCACAUUGGCAACGGCCGGGAUAUAGGGAUGUCUGUUCGGACCCAACUUGUGGACGUCCCGUGGGUGGCUCCACCCUCGGCGGAGGGAAUGGAAGCGUGAACUGCAGAAAGUGUGGAAAGAUAUUCUGCGAGGACCAUACUAUGUACCAAAUGAAGUUGUCACGGUCGGCGAAGCAUCAGCCUGUUGGAGGGUUCUGGUGUAGGGUUUGCGAGACUUGCUAUAAGUCACGAGAGGGGUACAACGACCACAAUGGAUUUGAAAGAAACCAUUUUGAAGACUUUGCCAGCAUACGGCGUAAAACUGUGGACAAGGAGUAUCUGGAAGUUAGUCGCUUAGAAAAACGGCUCACGAAGCUUACGCAGUUACUGGCAAAUCCGCCCCCGGACCAAAGCUCUGGAGGUGGGAGCUUGCUGUGGCCUUUAUCUGGGGCGAAAGCCCAGCAAAAGCUCCUCGAACAAACUGUCAUCACAUGGGAAGAGGAUGCGAAAGUAUCGAAUUGCCCCUUUUGCCAACAAGAAUUUUCCAGUUACACAUUUAGAAGGCAUCAUUGUCGACUAUGUGGUCGAGUUGUCUGUGGUGAUGCUCGGACUGGAUGCUCUUCGGAACUCGGGUUGAACGUAGCUGCUAAUCCUAACAGAAAUUCAGAGAAGGGCGCUUCACAAGUUAGUGUGGAUGUCAGAAUGUGCAAAGACUGCAAACACACUCUUUUCAGCAAGAGUGACUUUGCCAGGGAGCUUGCACGCACGCCGCCAGAUCAACGAGCCUACGAGAAUUUAGCACAGUUUGAAAGAGGAAUUCGGCUUCUGUUGCCGAGGUUCCAAAAGCUACUAGUAGCAUUGCAGGAUCCCGAUAAGCCGCCUUCAGCUGUUCAGCUCCACGAUGCCACCAAGGUCCGCAAACGACUCAUGGACGCCUUCGGCCAGUUCGAUACUGCUGCACGUAGGAUACGAGAUCUUCCUACAGAAUCUAGCACCCAGCAGCGCUUACAAAAGGCCGUAUAUCAGCAGGCAUACAACUUCUUGUCGCUCCAUAUGCUCCCUCUCCGCACUCUUCCAAAGAUCCUGAAACACGCCGCACCACACGGCAACCCUAAUGGGAAGGGCUUGCCUAGUCUUGCUCUUAAUGGGAGACCAUCUGGUGGCGCCCUUGCUGCCAUCAAAUAUAACGACAUCGAUACCGGCAGCAUACGGAGCAGCAGUAGUGCUGUCUCCGCCAUGGAAGCCGAGGAGAAGGAGCUCCGGGAGCGAUUGAUAGUCCUCGAAGAGCAAAAGUUUUUCGUUUCUGAAAUGAUCGCGGACGCAAAUAAGCAUCGAAAAUUUGACGAGGUCGCAAGUCUGGCCUCAAACGUAGAAGAUUUGAGUAAGGAGAUUGAUCAGAUCAACAAUCAACUCAAUCAGCUGGAUUUUGCGGCAGCAUACCAGCGAGACGUGCAAUGGUAGUCAGAAGCAAGCCCAUUCGAUGACUUGCAAAGUCGAGUUAUCUAUAUCAAUAUGAAAGGUACUCCGCUCUACUCGACAGUCGCUAAGAUUGAUGCGGACAAAG